UGUUUUUUUGAAAUUGUUUUUUAUAAGUGAAAUUGUAAAUUAGCAAAAAAAUAGGUUAGAAUUCUGUGAUUAGUGUCUAUUAAUCGUCCAAAAGUGUGUUAAUAUAAUUUUUUUCUAAGUAGAAAUAAAAAUUAAAAAUGUCUGAACGGCCAAACGACCAUAGGAGAAAAUGGAACCACGAAGACUACGAACAACUGGCUCUGGAGCGUGCCAGACAAGAAAUCGCAGACGAAGAGCUUGGACUUCUUAAAAAACCAGCAGUCCAACGCGAACUGCUUAAGCCAAGAGACUACAAAGUAGACUUAGACUCUAAGCUCGGAAAAACGGUUGUAAUAAAUAAAAACACCGCUUCUUCCCAAUCGGGUGGUUAUUAUUGCAAUGUCUGCGAUUGCCUCGUCAAGGAUUCCAUCAAUUUUUUGGACCAUAUUAAUGGUAACAAACAUCAGAAAAAUUUGGGAAUGUCCAUGAAGAUCGAGAGGUCGACCUUGGAUCAGGUCAAAGCUCGAUUUGCGGCAAAUAAGAAGAAGCUGGAAGAAAAGAAGAAGGAUUAUAAUCUUGAGCAGCGUGUCAAGGAGCUGGAGGAGGAAGAGGAGAAGCUUAAGGAGUACCGCAAGGACAGGAGGAAGGAAAAGAAGCGGAAAAUUGAAGAAGCUAACCAAGAAGAGGAAGAAGCUCGGACUUCGGGGUGCGAUGAUAUGGCCGCCAUUAUGGGGUUCUCAGGAUUUGGAUCCAAGAAAAGUAAAAGUGGAAAGAAAUAAUCUUAAUUUUAAUAUUGAUGUAUGACUAAUUUUUUUGUAAUUUUAAUUGGCAAAUAAAAUUUUACUGAUUGAUUUAUU